UUAGUUGCUAUUGGGACAAUAGGCGAAGGAGUGAACAACAUGGCGUAUCGGUUGCCAGGUUACAGAAGUGUGUACAGUUUCACGGCUUCUGGCAGCUACUGUUGAGCGUUUCCACUUAACUGUGGUGCCUCCUGUUGCGUUUCGGUCACAAAGGGUGAUCUCAAACGACGAUUGAAACUUGAAACCGUCGUGUUUGACAACAGCAUCCCGUAGCCGCCGCUGGGUGGCUAGCAUUAGCACUGAAGGUGUGCCUUGGUUGUGCCCAGUGGUCCCAAGCUGUCCAAUGGAGCGAGCAGAUCGUCGACUGGUCAAGAAUCAACCGUAUGAUGAGAGUGUGGAUGUGAGCGACUCGGCAGAGGACUCAAGCGUCUACAGGCGCAGUCAAGUGAAGUCUGGGAAGAGCUCAAGGGGGACUGGCCAGUUGUCAGCCCACAGCAGCAGUGACGAGUGUGACGAAGAGCGCGAGCCUCAGAGAGUCAAAGGGCCAAUCGGCAGGCAGCCUGAGAUUAGCCUCAACGAGGAGGAUGACGAGUCCGAAGAGGACUCGGAGUCGGACUCCGAUGACGACGACGACGAGACAGGUGAAGCUCCUGAGGGAGCGUACGACCCGGCCGACUACGCCAACUUGCCCGUCAGCACCGAGAUCAAAGAGCUGUUCCAGUACAUCGUACGGUACACCCCCCAGUCCAUGGAGCUGGAACACAGCCUGAGACCGUUCAUUCCAGACUUCAUCCCAGCUGUGGGCGACAUCGACGCCUUCCUCAAGGUGCCAAGGCCUGACGGCAAACCCGACGGACUGGGCAUGCUGGUUCUGGACGAGCCCAGCGUCAGGCAGUCGGACCCCACAGUUCUGUCGCUGUGGUUGUCUGAGGAGACCAAGCAGCACGGAAACACAGAAGUGAAAGUGACGAGCGUGUCCAGUCCUCAGUCCAACCCUCGUGCCGUGGACAGCUGGGUGGACAGUAUAGGCGCCCUGCAUCGCUCCAAGGCAGCGGCCAGCGUGCAGUAUGCGCGUGCCAUGCCGGACAUCGACGCCCUCAUGCAGGAGUGGCCGCCAGAUGUGGAGGAGACGCUGGGCCAGGUGCACCUGCCCCCCGCCCGCCUCAGCUGCAGCCUGCCGCAGUACUGCGACGUUGUGUGCGCCCUGCUGGACAUUCCUGUGUACGGCAGCCGCAUCCAGGCACUGCAUCUCCUCUUCAGCCUUUUCCUUGAGUUCCGAGACUCGCAGCACUUUGCACGCACUUGACGCCCUCCGUGCUCACACUUGACGCUCUCAAUGCCAAGAACAUCAACUCUAACUUUUUACUCCUGCAAUGUCUUUACCAUCUUUUUGGGGGGGAGAAUUCAAUAAAAAACUGAAGUAGA